GGGUUUCCUUCUUUAAUAAAAAUACAUAAAUAACUCAUCACUUUUAUCUUAAUAAAUUUAGAAGUGGAAAUAUUAUUGUUUAUGUUUGAAAACAUAAGUAUUUAUUGUUUUGGAAAUUUACUAAUUUUGAUAAGAUCUUUCUAUCUUAUCAAUUUCUAUAAAUACGGCCAACAACUACAACAACUUUCCAUCAAUUACUGAAAUAUCUAUAUUAUCACUCAUGGCAAAUAUCGCCAUUUUAAUAUCGAGAUUACCCGUUGUAGCCGCAGUGCUUCUUUACCAAAUAGACCCAUUCGACCCGGCUCCGUAUCCGGAUCACGAAUUGACCCGAAAUGGAGAACCCUUGUUCAUCCCGAAGAGAAAUAGCCAGAUGCUCUUGGGUUCAGAGAAGAUCGGGUUCGGUGAGUUGCCGGCGCCGGAGGAUAUUGCUUAUGACCCCAAGACAGGCGUUAUAUACACCGGCUGUGUAGAUGGCUGGCUCCGCCGUGUAUCUCUCAAGGGCUCCGCCGCCGCCGCCGCCGACUUUGUGGUGGAGGAAUGGGUCAACACUGGCGGCAGGCCGCUGGGAAUAGUCCAUGGGAUCCACGGUGAAGUCAUUGUUGCAGAUGCUGAUAAGGGUCUAUUAAACAUAAGUAGGGAUGGUGUAAUAGAAUUGCUGACAGAUGAGGCAGAUGGUCUGAAAUUCAAGCUAACUGAUGCCGUCGAUAUUGGUCCUGACGGCACACUCUACUUCACGGAUGCUUCUUACAAACACAACUUUAAAAAUCACUUUGAGGACUUUCUAGAAGGUAGACCCAACGGCCGAUUCUUGAGCUAUGAUCCAUCAACUAAACAAACACAAGUCUUGGUUAAAGAUCUUUACUUUGCAAAUGGUGUUGCUCUCUCUGCUGACCAAAGUUUUGUUAUUUUUUGUGAAACCGCCAUGAUGAGGUGCAAAAAGUACUACAUACAAGGUCCAAGCAAAGGUUCUGUGGAUAUAUUCGUUGAAAAUUUACCUGGAUUACCAGAUAACAUAAGAUAUGAUGGUGAAGGUCAAUAUUGGAUUGCCUUAACCACGGAUACAAGUGUUUGGAAGCUGGCACAAAGAUAUCCCUUCAUAAGAAAGGUGAUUGCAAUGGUGGAUAGGUACAUAGGAAGACCAAGUACUGAGAAAAAUGGUGGUGUUAUUGCUGUUGAUUUGGACGAACCAACCGCACACUACUAUGAUUCGGAUGGGAUUAAAAUUGGGGAGCAUUUAUAUUGUGGUUCUAUUGCACGUCCGUAUAUUAUUCGCCUCAAUCUCACUCGAUAUCCUGCAACUCCAGCACCAUCAUCAUCAUCAAGGAAUUAAAGCUCACAAUCGGUUUUAAUUAUGUAUUAUCAACGAUCUAUUUUCUUUCCUCGAGUGACGUAAUAUUCAUCAAUAAAGUUCUAUUAUUAGUGUCUUGUAAAUUUAAGAUUUUUGCGACUUCGACAGUAGCAGUAUAUUUUGGAGACUACAACAAAAAGAGCUAUUUAUAGUAUUUCAUAAUAGCGUUUUCGAUCAAACUGC